GUCACACAGCAGUCAGUCUGAAGUGAUGAAUUACCGAGCUGCCUGCGGAGCUGGACCCGGGCCCUAUAACCUGAGAAAGCAGUGAGAGAGCAGGGAGACAAAAGAGAGAGAGAGAGAGAGAGAGAGAGAGAGAGAGAGUAGGAGGGAGGACGCAAGGGAGGAGAGAGAGAAAGAUUGAGAGAGAAAGAGAGAGAGUGGAUCCGUGCUUACUUUGUAGUUGCCGACAGACACCUGAGAGCUUGCAGAUGCCGACAGAUGUGCCCGAAGACAGGCUCAGCAUCGAGGAGAAUGCCGCCAAGUGUGACAGCAUGACUCUGCCCAGCACCCCCACUGUCCGCAGAGGAAGCACUCCUCUGCCCAUAAAGCACCAGCUCAGACGAGAAGAAGCUGUUCACGAUGACGUGGACUGGGCCUCGGGAGCUGCCGGGCCUUCCCCCUCGCCGCUCGGCUUCAGCCCGGCCCUGGACGACACUCCCAUCAUCUCCAUGGAGGGCAGGCACGACGGGCCGCUGCGGAUCGCCCUGCUGGGUCAGAACGGAGUCGGGAAGUCCUCCCUGGCUCUCGCCUUUGCCGGUGACAUGGACCGGGCUGCGUCGGUGGAUUCCGACGGGGAGGGCUACGUGCGCACAGUCAGUGUGGAUGACGAGGAGAGCACCAUCGUUAUCUAUGACAACUGGAGACAGGACCUGUCGGCUCUCCAGUGUGAAGUGUGUGUCCUCGUGUUCUCCGUGACCGACAGGCGCAGUUUCCACCGCACGGCCCAGCUCCGUCUCCUCCUGAGAGAGACGCAGCCUCAGACUCCCAUAAUCCUCGUCGGUAACAAGAGCGACCUGGUUCGCUCGCGCGAGGUCACAGCUCAAGAGGCCAUGUCCAGCGCUGCCCUCUACAACUGCCUGUAUUUGGAGAUCUCUGCCUCCCUGGACCACCGCACGCCGGAGCUCCUGGAGUCCACUGUGCGACUAGCCAGAGGUCAGCCGCCGUGGCCUCCGGGAUCCAGCGCGGAGGACAUGUGCGGAGGAGGUCAGCGAGAGAGCAUCACCUCGCGUGCUAAACGCUUCCUCACCAGCCUGAUGCCGCGGUACCCGCGCGAGAGGGAAGUGGGCAAGUUCCUGAGACAGAAGUCCCGCUCGUGCCACGACCUGGGGGCGCUGUGAUCGCACGCGGCGAGGAGUUUUAAUAGCUUAGCAGAAAUAACUCGAAGUGAUGUAGUAAAGCUGCAGAACGGAGGAGGGAGGGAGUGACGCAGCACUUAGUGGACAAAGAUGUAGGAUGUGAAUGACAGAUGGGGGAGGGGGUGUGCGAAUUUACCGGAGAAACAAACGGGAAGGUAUCGCAGUAUGGUGUGAAGGAUCAUCCGGCGCACAGGAGGAGAUGGGAAGAAAAACUAGCUAUCAUGUCAAAUGGCGAAUUUUUGUACACAAGUUUAAAGAAAAACAAGAAAAACACUAGUGUAAAUAAGCUGUAGAUGUGAUACCUAACUGCCACAGCUUUAAAAGCGAAAUAAAUUGCUUUUUUUUUUGAGCCUUCAAAUGGCUGUUUCACGUUG